UCAAUGUGAAAUGUAAAUACUAAAUCCUAUUUGUUUCUUGAACCUUGCAAGGGGUUAUGACUUAUGAGGUCUAAGUGAAGUGAGGGUAUGUGUGUUAUCUGGCAACUUAUAAUAUAAUGCUAAAAUUCACACGACAAAAUCUUGACCCCUCAAACCAUGGACUUCGAUUUCUCUCAAGGCUUCAAUCCACAGACCACAACCAAAUUCUUCAGCAGCCAUUCUCGUCUCCGGAUUCAGAUUCCCACAUCAAAGAAACAGAAAUUUCUCAGUUUUCGGAAACCCUGGACCUGAAAUUCUCUCGCAAGUGCAAAAAUCUAGCUCAAGUGCAUCAAGUGCAUGCUCAGGUGAUUGUCAAUGGCCUGAUUCGAGACCUCUCUUUUGCUAAUAAUAUCCUCUACGGGUAUACACUACAUAGGGCUUUACAAAGUGCCUCUACAUUGUUCUGUGGGAUUUCCGAGAAGAAUGCAGUUUCUUGGAGUGUUAUGAUUGGUGGGUAUGCUAAAGCUGAUGAUUAUGUCAAUUGCUACAGUACUUUUAGAGAGUAUAUGAGAUCGGGGGAUCGGCUCGAUAACUAUACCUUGCCUGUUGUUAUACGGGUUUGUAGGAAUACCAGAGACUUGCAACUGGGUCGAUUGUUGCACUGUGUAGUGCAUAAGUUUGGUUUUGGUUCGUAUCUUUUUGUGGCUGCAGUGCUUGUGGACAUGUAUGCGAAAUGUAAGGCUAUUGGGGAUGCGGCACGGCUGUUUGAUGAAAUGCCGAAGAGGGACCUUGUUAGUUGGACUGUGAUGAUAGGGGCGUGUACUGAGUGCGGGAAUCCGGAAAAGGCUCUGGAUUUGUUUGAUCGUAUGAGACAGGAGGGAGUUAUGCCGGAUAAAGUUGCAAUGGUGAACGUUGUGAAUGCCUCUGCUAAGUUAGGGGUGAUGCAUAAGGCAAAGAUCGUGGACAAUUACAUACAGAAGAUGAGAUUUUCCUUGGAUGUGGUCCUGGGGACUGCUUUGGUUGAUAUGCAUGCAAAAUGUGGCAGCAUUGAGUUGGCAAGGGAGAUAUUUGGUAGGAUAAGAGAAAAGAACGUUAUAUCAUGGAGUACGAUGAUUGCAGCCCAUGGAUACCAUGGGGAAGGCCAGAAAGCUCUCGAUUUGUUUCACCUAAUGUUGAAGAAUGGGAUUUUACCUAAUAAUAUCACGUUCAUCUCACUCUUGUAUGCUUGUAGUCACUCAGGGCUUGUUGAGGAGGGUCUUAACAUUUUCUCAUUAAUGCAAGAGGAGUAUGGAGUGAGGCCGGAUGUGAAGCAUUUUACUUGUGUUGUUGACCUAUUUGGUCGUGCUGGGAAACUGGAUCAGGCCGUGACAUUAAUUGAGGAUAUGGAUAUCGAGAAAGAUGCAGGACUGUGGGGGGCACUUCUUGGGGCAUGUAGGAUUCAUGGGCAUGUAGAACUUGCAGAAAAGGUUGCAGAGUCCCUCCUUGAAUUACAACCUCAAAAUGCAGGUCAUUAUGUAUUACUUUCCAAUAUAUAUGCAAAAGCUGGUAGAUGGAAAGAAGUAGCAAAGAUUAGGGAACUAAUGACCCAUCAAAGAAUAAAGAAAAUUCCAGGUUGGACGUGGACUGAAGUAGAUAAUAAGAUUCAUAAAUUCAGUGUUGGAGAUCAUACGCAUCCACUCUCAGAGGAGAUAUACGAGGAGCUAAAGUGUUUGAGUGAGAAACUGGAGCUGGCUGGUUAUGUCCCAGAUACAAAUUUUGUGCUACAUGACAUUGACGAGGAACUGAAAUUAGGUCUCUUGCAUACCCACAGUGAGAAAUUGGCUAUUGUAUUCGGACUAAUCAGCACCCCAGAGGGUACCCCAAUUAGAAUUACGAAAAAUCUUAGGGUUUGUGGUGACUGUCACACGUUUACCAAAUUCGUGUCUUUAGUCACGAAUAGGUUGGUAGUUGUUCGUGAUGCAAACCGAUUUCACCAUUUCAAGGAAGGAGCAUGUUCUUGCAGAGAUUACUGGUAGAUGCUUUAUUAUUGUUUGUAAGCAAAAACCAUUCUUUUCAAUCCUCAUCUCUUCAUACUUACUUUUUCUGUUAUGCAACUCUUGUUUAGAAUGCAAAGCAUCAAAUGUUGUUGAGAUUAGUUCCCAGGAUUCCCUUGAAAUGCUCAUAUUGAACAUUGUACUGUCUUUUCUGGAAAUACUAUUUAUAGUAUGACACGUCCCUUAAAUCGCUUAUGUUCUUCAAAACUGUGCAAGCAUUGAAUCAAGAGUAGAAAAGCAAACGAUUAAAAACCAAGACCAAGAUUCUCAAUUGUUUUAAUCCUUUAUUUUAGAUAUUUGUGGUACACAAAGGAAAACCUAAGGACUAAGUAUUGUCUUCAGUCUUCCAGCAUAGCAACUUCUCUUGGUUCAAUAGAUGUUCUUCUCUUCCUAAGCAUCUGCGCACUUCCAAUGUGCAAGUCCAUCGGAUACGUAGUAACUCUCCGGGUCCUCAAUGCAUUAUUCCAACGGGCAUUUGCCGUUCCAAUAUCAUGAUGAAUCGUAAGAAUUUUGAAAUGUAAAUUUGG